AACGAGAUUGUUUGGUUUUGUCAGUUUGCUUUCUUGUCUGCUGCUUGUGGGUACAGGGUUUUGCAGAACCAAGAAUUAUAUUUUAUCUGGGAAUUUUUGAUCGAAUUUUCAACUGCUGAUAAACUCAAUCCAUACUUAGCAUGUCUUUGCAAAAGAUUUCUCAUUUUUUUGAUAAAAUUCGAGGUCAAAACGACAAACAACUUGAGGAACUGCGUAUCCGUGUUCGACAACUCGCCAAAACCUGUUCACUUCAAACAGAUUUAUCUAGAGAGAAUUUGGUGGUUUUUAUCCAGGAUAUUUUCUCUGGUAUCACCUCAUGGUUCGCCUUACAAGAAGACCAAGUUGACCAGAUACUGGACCAGCUACGACGAAGUUUGGAAGGCCACGCAUUUGACAUGGAUGUCUUUAUUGCAUGCUGGGAAUUCUGGCUGAGGAAGGAUGGCACUAGAAAAACAGCUCUUAUUGUGGUAGACAUACAAAAUGACUUCAUUACUGGUAGUUUAGCACUCAAGAACUGUCCAGCAGGACAAGAUGGCUAUGAGGUCGUUCCCAUCAUUAACGACAUCCUUAAACAGGAACGCUUCGAUUUAGUAGUCUAUACAUUAGAUUGGCACCUGCCUGACCAUUGCUCAUUUAUUGACAAUGUGUCUCUGUAUCCACUGGAUCCAUCUAGUCCUGUAUCGGCUGAAGAUGCAAAGAUAUAUGAUACAGUAAUCUACUCAAAACCAAUAGUGUUGAAACAGAAGCUCUGGCCAUCUCAUUGUGUGCAGAACUCUUGGGGUUCAGAACUACAUAAAGAUUUGAAGCCUCCAGAGAAGAGUACUAUUGUGGUUAAGAAAGGCGAUUUAUCAUAUGUUGACAGCUACUCUGCAUUCUGGAGCAAUGGACACUACUGUACGACAGAACUGUUUGGGAUUCUUCUUAAGCAUGGUAUUACAGACGUCUAUGUCUGUGGCUUAGCCCUGGAUUAUUGUGUGGAGUUCACUUCAAGGGAUGCGACACAACAUGGAUUCAAUACCUUCGUAGUGGAAGAUGCUUGUUGUUUUAUUUGUGAAAAGAUGUGUGGUGAUACCAAAAUGGAGUUCAAGAAGGCUGGAAUAAAAUUGAUGAAAAAAACAGAUCUUAAAAGCCACUUAAAACAGAGUUAAUCUGAAAUUCAAAUACGUGUUAUUCAAAAAUGGUAAGUAAAUUCAUGUAAUUUAAGGAUUAAAUACACUGUGUAUAGUGACCCUAACCUAUACACAUCUAGUUUGCAAAAUAGACUUUUACUGAAUUUGCUUUUAUCACAAAGCAGGCUCCAGAAUCAAAUUAAGUUUAGACUUGAUGUGUUCAUACAUUUACUGUAUUUUAUGAAAUAGAGGCUUUGCACCAUCACGUGAUGGCAGCCAUGACAGGGGGUAUAACAAUAGAGUCUUUCUCCCCUGGGAAACUGAAUUCUUUCUCAUGUAAAUCAGAUUAGACCAGAAUCAAUUGUUCCUGUCAUGGCUGCCAUCAUGUGAUGGUGCAAACCCUCUAUUCAACCUUGACUUGGAACUAUUGUUUUGUGGUCACUGUGUGAAUUCGAAAAAAAGUUUAUUGCUUAGGAUACAUAGCUAUAGAGUACAUAUAGCCUGAGCCAUUAUAAUCCGAUUAAAUCCCCCCACCCCUUUCUUCCUAUUACCCUUUUGAUGUUAUUAAAUGUAUAUUCCAUGAACCAUUCUAAUUAUAGGCUUUCUUUAGAUGGCAAAUAAAUGAUGGUUUUUCAUCAAAAAUUUAUUAAUCAUGUAGAGUAAGUUGUACACAAGCCGAGUAAGUUGGUUGCAUUUGAUCUUGACACUGUCUUAGAAUUACUUAAAUGAAUAGUUUUGCUUUUAGAAUAAUUGGUUCACUAAGCUAGGGGCACCCCCUAUAUUGUGAAACAAAAUCAAAGAUGUAUACUGUAUAAUCACUGGGGCAGAACAAGGAGAACUAAUUAAAGCAUAUUAAAGGGCUACAUACAAAUAACAGCUGGUCAGUCGCCAGUAAUGAUGACCGGCCAAAUUAGUUUUAGCGCAGCCAUACCUCAUUUCUGGUUCUUCAAUGCUACUGGUCAAAAUGACCGAAAAGGUAAAGAUUUGACCAGACAAGUUCCAAUUCAGGCUGGACAGAUGACCAGCUGUUAUUUCAAGCCCUGUAUUACACUCUUAGUUAGCAAUUGUUUCACUGAUAUACAGUCUGUAUGACGCACUGCACUCUACAGUCCUUAUCAGCUGGUGAUUGCAACUAGAGUCAAAACCAAACUGGUGUCCAGAGUAUCCUAUAGAGUAACUCACAAUAUCAUGGGGAAAUACUGUAGCAAAGGCAUGCAAUAUUCAAUGGCUUUGCUGGUAUCGCAACAAAAAGAAAAGAAAAAAAAGAAAAACCACUUGUUGAUACUAUAGAAAUAACCAAACUGUGGAACAGGCUAAAGUGUUAAUUUUUAUGACAAUUGCCUAUUUUUGUAUGAUUUCCCCACCAUUGUCAUUGAUAAAUUCAAAAAAAUUCCACAUGCCUGUGAUCAAAUUGGAGCCAAAUUGUUGGCAUUACAGAAACUUCACCUGGGCUGCUUGGAAUUUAUUAAUGAAAAUGGGCUGGACAAUCAUACUAAAGUGGGCAUGACUAUCAUACAUGUAAGAAAACUUGGGCCAAUAGACCAGUUUCAAAUUCCAAAUUACCGCUGUGUUCCUUGAUUACAGACUCAUUUGCACAGGGUUAGCCUCGAAUCAGUGUUUAAAUAUUCACAAGUACCAACAGAAAAGUAAAGAAUG